GUUUUUGGAAGGCUUUCUCAGGGAGAUAUGGAUAGAUGCAGUGAGGUAAAAUUACUGCUGAAAAAAUGGGAGGCUUCGUUUCUUCAAGAGCGCCAGAGGAGACCAAACAAGGCUGAUGUUGAAGAAGCUCCUGAAGAGAUUAAAAAAUUGUACAGAGAGUACAAAACGCUGAAGCGAGACAAGGGCUCGGAACCGGAAGCGAUCCCCAAGCAGACAACUCAGGAUUCUCUUGCUGCUCAACAGACACCAGACUCAGGUUCCUGGGGUGCACACCUGAAUCGGGGUAAUAUGGUUCCUAAACUGACCCCACAAGAUCGAGAUGCGCUCCAACUUUCUGUGCAGUAUUUUGGGAUGAAGCUGAAACACAACUUGGGAGCAGCUAUUAAGGAGCGUCCCGUGACCUUAAGAAAAUCCCUCACCUCCAGGAGGAGGUCAACCACGUUGUCACAGAAGGGCCCACAUCAGGCCCCCCCGGCUGUGCCUUCCACACUUCCGGAAGCUUCUUUGGUGACGAAUGACCUGGAUCAGCCAUCGGGCCCUGAUGCGGGAGAGCUGGCAGGCCUUUUCCCUUCUCCCUUUCACGGGCUGACUCCAGCCACGCUCCCCUCCUCGGAUCCAAAGCCAAGGUUGCCAUCGCGGGAUAAAUUUCAGCAGCUGAAACAGACGGUGACGAAGCGGCUGAGCAGCCUGGAUGCAGGCUGGCUGGACAGGUGCCAGGGGGCAGAACGGCACCCUACAAAGGGUCUGAAAGGAGAUGGCUGCCCCGAGGGGAUCCGUGGGGCAGCUGAAGGGCAGAGAUCACCGGAACACAAGCCCUUGGAAAGCCUUCCUAUCUCCCAUCGUGGGAAGAGAGAGCAGGGAAUGUAUCCUAAUUCCCCAGGAGGACAGUCUUCAGAAAACCUCCCGAAAAGGAAGGCCGCCUGCCAAAGAACUGAAGACAGGUGUGCGCAAGAGAGCCACACUGUAGGCGUGAUCCCUUGUAAAGAAGGGACGAGUUUAGCACUCACUGGAAGCAACAACGAUGUACCUCCCCGGGUCAAGUCUAUCCAUCAUAACCUGGAGGCUACACAGCAGAUGGAGAUGCAGCUUCCGGAAGGAAAGGCGGGAAAUGCUUUUAGCGAAACGGGGAACAGGCGUUGUCCUCACAAGAGAGAAAAGGCCUCUUGCCGGGAGGAGCCGCAGGAUACAGUCGCUCACAAAGACGGUUCCAAAGGCGGCAACUCAGGUGUGAAGCGCAAGAGAGCUACAAAACCGGCAAGGGAGACCCCAGCCAAAAAGCAGUGUAGUAUCGCUCAAGAGCAGCGGCUCAGUGAAUAUGACUUUGAAGGUCAGGAUGGCUCAGAGGCGCGAGAGGAAAAAGGGGCAGCUGCCCCUGUUUACUCAGAAAACCUGCUGGGGGAAGUGGAAGAGGAGCUUCCCAAGAGGAGUGGGCGAUCCAGCAUCCCCGCUCACAGGGCGCCCUCCAAGAAAAAUGGCAACUUUGUCCGUCUCAAUCUCAAGAAGAAAUCUCACGUGAAAGGAUAUGCCCUGAAAGGACGGCUGCUGCGGAAGCAGGUGCGGAAGCAGAAGUGGCAGAAGAAAGGAGAACGGUUUGGAGGAGGCGGCCGGCCCCUAGACAGGAGCUGCGAUACCUGCUUCAGAUGCGGAGGCCUUGGCCACUGGGCUCUGCAGUGCAAAGGGAAAGCAGCAGAACAGCUCCCAGCUAGUGACCCCCAACCGGAGGGAAGUGGCUGUGCGGCAGAAGAGGAGGUGCCGCUGCUCACUCUGGAAGAAGUGGCUGAGAUGACCCACACGGCCUACUGCAAGGUCUCAGCUGAUCAUUGCGAGAGCAGCCCAGGAGCUCCAAAACAGCAGGAGGAAGCGGGUUCCCUGCACGUGCUGAGGCCUGUGCGUGAUCUUCCCUCUCCGCCCACACCUCUGCAGCCUCUCUACAAGCUGGGCCAAGAUGGGAAGGUGAGAGAGACCCCUCCGGAAGUGCUCCGUGCCCUGUCUGAGCUGGGCUACAGCUCCUUCCGGCCAGGACAAGAAGCUGCCGUGAUGAGGAUACUCUCAGGGCUCUCAACACUGGUGGUCCUGUCGACAGGCAUGGGCAAAUCUCUCUGCUAUCAGCUGCCGGCAUAUCUGUACGCAAAGCGGUCUACGUGCAUCACGUUGGUGAUAUCGCCCUUGAUGUCCUUGAUGGAUGACCAAGUUUCUGGCCUCCCCCAGCACCUAAAAGCGGUCUGCAUACACUCCAAUAUGUCCAAGACCCAGAGGGAGGCUGCUAUGGACAGGGUAAAGGCUGGGAAAGUCCAUGUGCUCCUGCUGUCCCCCGAAGCCUUGGUUGGGGGGGGCAUCUCCGGCUCCAGCUGCCUCCCCCCCGCAGAUCAGCUCCCCCCGGUGGCUUUUGCCUGCAUCGACGAAGCCCACUGUGUCUCAGAGUGGUCCCACAAUUUCCGCCCUUGUUACCUGCGGCUCUGUAAGGUUCUCCGGGACCGCUUGGGCGUGCGCUGCUUCUUGGGCCUCACGGCCACUGCCACGGUGUCGACAGCGCAAGACGUGGCUCAUCACCUGGGCAUCCCGGAGGGUGAGGGGAUCACAGUGCGCUCUGCGGCCGUCCCGCCAAACCUACAUCUCUCUGUUUCCAGAGACAGAGACAAGGACCAGGCCCUGGUGACCUUGCUGCAAGGGGAGAGGUUUGGGAGCCUGGACUCCGUGAUCGUUUACUGCACACGCCGGGAGGAGACCACUCGGAUUGCGGCGCUGAUCCGCACGUGCCUCCAGGGCGUCAAGCUGAAGGGACCGGCGAAUGUGGAGGAGCGGGAGGAAGACGCCGAUCACGCUGGGAAGAGGAAGAAAACGAAGGCUCAGAAGAGCAUUCGCCGUCCCUUGAAAUGGAUCGCUGAUGCCUACCACGCCGGGAUGUCUGCAGCCGAGCGCCGUCGCGUGCAGAACAACUUUAUGUCCGGCCAGCUGCGGGUUGUGGUGGCCACCGUGGCCUUUGGCAUGGGGCUGGACAAGUCCGACGUCCGUGGAGUGGUGCACUACAACAUGCCCAAGAACUUCGAGAGUUAUGUGCAGGAGAUUGGACGGGCAGGGCGAGACGGCAAGCCAGCUCAGUGCCACCUCUUCUUGCAUCCAGAGGGUGAGGAUCUGUAUGAGCUGAGGAGACACAUCUACGCAGACACCGUCGACUACUUGGCCGUGAAGAGGCUGGUGCAAAAGGUUUUCCCUCGCUGCAAAUGUCGAGACCUUUACCAGAAACAGCAGGAGCUGAAUAAGGGCAAUGAAGUGGAGGAUGCAGAGAUGGUGGCUCUUUUGGAAGCCAGCAGGGAGGAAACGCUCGAUCUCGAGGAAGAAAAGCCAAGAGUGUGUCACAGACAUGAGAGGGCCAUCCCCGUUCAGCAGACGGUGGAGGCCCUGGACUUCCAAGAAGAAGGCAUAGAAACGCUUCUGUGUUACCUGGAACUGCACCCUCGGCGCUGGGUGGAACUGCUGCACCCCACCUACUCCUUGUGCCGAGUGUUGUGCUACGGUGGCCCUCAAGAACUGCGUACAGUAGCCCAAAGGUGCCCCCCUCUGGCAGUCUGCCUGGCCCAGCAGCGCCUCAAAGGGGUCGAUCUCGCGCACGCCAGCUCCGUGGAGUUUGACGUCGUCGAGCUGUCCGACUCCAUGGGCUGGGAGGUCCUGCCCGUGAAACGCGCCCUCCGCCAGCUGCAGUGGAACACGUCGCCGCAGAAUGGUGCCCACGUGUCUGGGAAGAGCAGGAUCCUGGUGGAGUUCAGCGAGCUCUCCUUCCACCUGCGCUCCUACGGCGACUUCACCGAUCGAGAGCUGGACUCCGUGUGUGACUUCCUGCACCGCCGAGUCGUGGGCCGUGAAAAGGCUGCCCUUCGCCAGCUCCAGUUUUGCUUCCAAGCCUUCCAGAGUGUGGCUUUCCGGUCCAGCGCCUUGUGCUCUGACUGUGGGGACGAGGAGAGGAGCUCCAGACUCAAGGCCCUACUGAUGGAUUAUUUUGAGAAGGAGCUGAUGCCAGAAGAGGCAGACCCUGCAUUCCAGGAUGAAGAGCAGGACGUCGAGAGCCUCCAGGACAUGAAACUACGGGACUGGGAGGAGCAGAUCCGAGCCGACAUCCGCCACUUCCUGUCCAUCCGCCAAGACGAGAAGUUCUCCGGCAGGGCCGUGGCCAGGGUGUUCCACGGCAUCGGGAGUCCACGUUAUCCUGCACAGGUUUACGGCAGAGAUCGGCGCUUCUGGAGGAAGUACAUCCACUUUGACUUCAACAAGAUCAAGCGCUUGGCCACGGAAGAGAUCAUCCGCUGGAAAUGAACUGAGCUCGCACGGGUACAUCGGUUGCCAAAGACCCUUUUCUCAAGAAGCAGGUCCCCGGCGCUUCAGGUUUCCUUUGGACCUGCGAGCAGAUUGUCUGACUAAGGAAUGGAGCACACCACAUGCCAGCCCAUAACUGCAGUCACGGGAUCACAUGGGCUGUCCCCCUCCCCAUCCCGUAAGCGACCUCAGGCUUCUCAGAACUUCUCUACGCAGGAGUUUGGGGAACUGAAAAGAACCUUCCUUUGCCAUGGAGCACAUUAUUAGUUUUUUUAUUUCGAAGCCCGUGCACUUAUUGGGCCGGAUCCGUUCUGCCAGCAGUGAUGCACUUCCCACAGGCGCAAGGAACGUUCCUCUGAUACAAGAGAGUCCUUGAGGUUCUUUUAGCCCAGGGGCAGGGAACAGUGGUUCUCCAGAUGUUUUUUUGCCUACAACUCCCAUCAGCCUCAGCCAUUGGCCACGCUGGCUGGGGCUGAUGGGAGUUGUAGGAGAGCCGCUGUUCCCCACCCCUGUUCCCUACCCCUGUUUUAGCCUCUUGCAGUGGAGGAAAGUAGAACCGCUGGCUGGAAGGAACCAUGGCAUCCUGCCCAUUGUAGAUAAUUCCUCCUGUUUUAAUUAGGGUUUGUUUUAUCGCACUCUCUGAUAAAAGGCUAUUUUCAACUCAAGGAAGGGUCCGGAGAAUCCCUUUUCUAACUUUCUUUCUUAGGGAUGAUUAAUACUUUUAUUUCCAAAAUAAUCUCUAAGCGGAAUGUAGUUUCUGAACGCCUUCCCUCCCACCUUCAGAGCGCAGGUAUUGGGGGUGGAGCGGGAGGUGGGGGUGUUGGCAAUAGGAAGCGGCUCAGCACUGAGAGGCAUUUCCAAGCAUCGUUUGUGGGAGCUGCCUUUCAGCAAAAGAAAAAAGGCAAGCAACCACAUAGAAAGCAGUCCAACCAAGUAUAGAAACCAUGGCUGGAAACAGGCUCAUUUUAGGCUGCUUCUCUGCUCUCCAGCUUUAACUCUGCUUCAUCAACAUCAGGCUGGGUAGGGAGGCAUCUUCUCGCCCGCGUUUCACACCAGGAUGAGGCUUGCUUCUACUAUAUGAUGAUAAAGUUUAUUCCAUGCUAAUAAUCUGCCUGGUUCAAGCACAGAUGCUUCUCUUGAAAUGCUUUUUAUGCAUAUUUGUGUCUUAUAAAAUAUGUUGAUUUUAACAUUAA